CAGAGGGCGGUGUAAAAUGCUGACUUCAGACCGGUUUUCUCGUUCGUAACAGGCGGCGGACGCCGAGGCGGUGAAACCCCACACGGUCAUUUGAUAAAAGAAGUAUCGGACUAUCGCCUUAAAACACAGGGACGACUUUUGUGUUAUUAACAAGCGACUGUGACACGGAACGGGAGCCGGGAUAUCGUGAUAAACUUUGAGCUAUCAGCAGCUGUGCGGCAGGUGAGGGAGGACAUCCGGACCAGUGGACCCCCGAGCGGCCAAGGUACCACCUCAGCGGGAAGUCGGAAGCGACGAGGCGGCCUGUCGAACUGCAGCUUCCGGGGAGAGCUGACCUCAGUGUGCCGGGUCAUCCGGACAGAGACCUCAUGAAUGGAAAUCGGAACAACAGGAGCUGCAGGAGCCCAAGCCCUCUUCUCACUGCCAAGACGACCUGGCUAUGGCACCAUUGGGAAGUCCAUCAAGCUUCUGGCAAACUGCUUUCAGGUGGAAAUCCCCAAGAUUGACGUCUACUUGUACGAGGUGGACAUCAAACCUGACAAGUGUCCACGCCGGGUGAACAGGGAGGUUGUGGAUUCAAUGGUUCAACAUUUCAAGGUGACAAUUUUUGGGGACCGUUUACCAGUUUACGAUGGGAAGAAAAGCCUCUACACUGCAACCCCGCUUCCCGUUGCCACUGGUGGGGUUGACCUUGAUGUCACUCUACCGGGGGAAGGUGGGAAGGACCGGCCAUUUAAAGUCACCAUUAAGUUUGUGUCGUUGGUCAGCUGGCACAUGUUGCACGAAGUCUUGAUAGGCCGCAGCAUGCCCGAGCCACUGGACCUGGAGAAACCGCUCAGCACCAACCCUGUUCACGCCGUGGAUGUCGUACUUCGCCACCUGCCAUCAAUGAAGUACACCCCAGUUGGACGAUCCUUUUUCUCCUCCCCAGAAGGUUACGACCAUCCACUUGGGGGAGGCAGAGAGGUUUGGUUUGGUUUCCAUCAGUCCGUGCGUCCAGCCAUGUGGAAGAUGAUGCUCAAUAUUGAUGUGUCGGCCACAGCGUUUUACAAAGCCCAGCCAGUCAUCCAGUUCAUGUGUGAGGUCCUGGACAUUCACAAUAUUGAUGAGCAGCCACGUCCUCUCACCGACUCCCACAGGGUCAAGUUCACCAAAGAGAUCAAAGGUCUUAAAGUGGAAGUGACACACUGUGGAACCAUGCGCAGGAAGUACAGAGUUUGCAAUGUAACGCGGCGCCCUGCCAGCCUCCAGACAUUUCCACUGCAGCUGGAGAAUGGUCAGACAGUUGAACGCACAGUAGCGCAUUACUUCAGAGAGAAGUACAAUCUGCAGCUGAAGUACCCUCACCUGCCCUGUUUGCAAGUGGGUCAGGAACAGAAACACACCUACUUGCCCCUGGAGGUGUGCAACAUUGUUGCGGGGCAGCGCUGCAUUAAAAAACUAACAGAUAACCAGACAUCGACCAUGAUCAAAGCCACGGCUCGCUCCGCUCCGGACCGACAGGAAGAGAUCAGCAGGCUGGUGCGGAGUGCGAAUUAUGAGGCUGACCCGUUUGUGCAGGAGUUCCAGUUCCGCGUGCGUGAUGAAAUGGCUCAGGUGACGGGCCGAGUCCUGCCGGCCCCCAUGCUGCAGUAUGGCGGCAGGGUGAGCUCUGAACCAUUUAUGAACCGCACAGUGGCCACACCCAGUCAUGGUGUGUGGGACAUGAGGGGGAAGCAGUUCCACACUGGUGUGGAGAUCAAGAUGUGGGCCAUCGCCUGCUUUGCCACCCAGAGGCAGUGCCGUGAAGAGAUUCUCAAGAGCUUCACUGACCAGCUGCGGAAGAUUUCAAAGGAUGCUGGGAUGCCAAUUCAAGGCCAGCCAUGUUUUUGUAAAUACGCCCAAGGAGCUGACAGUGUGGAGCCCAUGUUCCGACACCUUAAGAACACCUACGCCGGCCUGCAGCUCAUCAUCGUGAUCCUGCCUGGCAAAACACCCGUCUAUGCGGAAGUGAAGCGAGUGGGAGACACCCUCCUCGGCAUGGCCACCCAAUGUGUCCAGGUGAAGAAUGUAGUAAAGACAUCCCCUCAGACCCUGUCCAACCUCUGCCUCAAAAUCAACGUGAAACUGGGAGGCAUCAACAACAUCCUGGUUCCACAUCAGCGACCUUCUGUGUUCCAGCAGCCUGUCAUCUUUCUUGGGGCUGAUGUCACACACCCUCCAGCAGGAGAUGGGAAAAAGCCAUCCAUUGCAGCAGUAGUGGGCAGCAUGGACGCCCACCCCAGCAGAUACUGUGCUACAGUUCGGGUCCAAAGGCCCAGACAGGAGAUUAUCCAGGACUUGGCCUCUAUGGUGCGAGAACUCUUGAUCCAGUUCUACAAAUCAACACGCUAUAAGCCAACUAGGAUCAUCUUCUACAGGGAUGGCGUGUCAGAAGGCCAGUUCAGACAGGUGCUGUACUAUGAGCUGCUGGCCAUCAGGGAGGCGUGCAUCAGUUUAGAGAAGGAAUACCAGCCAGGCAUUACCUACAUAGUCGUGCAGAAACGACACCACACACGCCUCUUCUGUGCAGAUCGCAACGAGCGGGUUGGGCGAAGUGGGAACAUUCCUGCAGGCACCACAGUGGACACGGACAUCACACAUCCCUACGAGUUUGACUUUUACCUCUGCAGUCACGCUGGGAUCCAGGGGACGAGCCGGCCCUCCCACUACCAUGUACUCUGGGAUGACAAUUGUUUCACGGCUGAUGAGUUCCAGCUCCUCACCUACCAGCUGUGCCACACCUACGUGCGCUGCACACGGUCUGUUUCCAUCCCAGCACCGGCCUACUAUGCCCAUCUGGUGGCCUUCCGUGCUCGCUACCACCUGGUGGACAAAGAACAUGACAGUGCGGAAGGAAGCCACGUCUCAGGGCAGAGUAACGGCAGGGACCCGCAAGCGCUCGCCAAGGCUGUUCAGAUCCACCAUGACACACUGAGGACCAUGUACUUCGCCUGAAAUCCUCCUCAUCCCUUCUCCAGAAAUCCAGUCUUAGCACCUGACGUGGAUCAGCUGCUCUGUACUGGGCCAGCGUGGAGUGUUGAAUGCUGCCAACAGCGCGGUGCGUCAGGACGCUGUAAGCCGGAGGAGAAUGUCACAUUAUGCAGUUUAAAACCAGCUGAUUGUUUGUGGGCACCUGCCUAUGCAUCCGUCUCCAGCAUCUCAUCUGCUGUCACUUUAAGCAUGAUGGAUUCUCCUUUUUAAUCCUCACUUGGCUCCUACAUUGUGUCCUUGUCAUCUGUUUGUGACAGCAGCUAAAGUUUUAUUUUUAAAUUUGCCAUUUUGUCUUUGUGAUGUGUGGGUGAAGCGACAGAUCACGGAGAUACAAGACUGUGGUGCACAGGUGGGUACAAAGCAGUACCCCUCAUGACGUGACUGAGCCGGAUCCUUUCUGGUUCAUGUCCUUGAUGGAUUUUCUACAUUUGUGCGUCUCCACUUGCAAAAAGGAAAGCGUGCUA